AUGUCACGCAAAGACGAGUCCAAGGCCAAGGAUGCCAUUGUGACCGUCAACAUUGACGACUUUACUCGUACUCGCGACUCGCCCACAGCGGCACCCCUACCACACGCUAUCCCCAGCCCCGACAUUGCCAGUAGCCUGCAACACGCCGCUCUGGAAAUCCACAGGGCCAGCGCCGGCAUCCUCUCACUGGGCGACCAUUCAACUCAACAGGAAAAACAACUAAUAUACUCGCAGGUCAUUGUCAAUCUCGCUGCUUUGCAGGCGGCCAUCUCUGAUUUGUCGCGCGCCUACAUUAACCAUGCAAACACUAUCCUAAGAGGUGGUCCCGUCAACCUCGAGACCAGCCUAGGCUCUGGUCUUGCUGGUGGUUUCGCCACCAGCUUGCUUGAGAGUAGUCUCUUGGGUGGCGCCUUAGGUCAACACGCGCUUGGUCAGGAGGCCAAACUCGAAACUGGCGAGAAGAAGAAGCGCAAGCGUGCUCCUCCCGACCCAAAUGCGCCCAAGCGUGCCUUGACUCCGUACUUUUUGUACAUGCAGCACAACCGUUCGUUGAUUGCCAACGAGCUUGGUCCUGAUGCCAAGCCCAAGGAUGUUGCUGACGAGGGUACCGUCCGUUGGGCCAACAUGUCUAAUGAAGAGAAGGAGGUCUGGAAGAAUCUUUAUAAUGACAAUCUUGCCGUCUACCGCGCCAAGAUGAAGGCUUACAAGGCUCAUAAGGCCGGUCUCCCCGUCCCGGAGGAUGACAACGCCAAAGCCGACAGCCAACUUCAGCAGAGCGUCGCUGCCGAGGUUGAGGCCGAGGAAGACUCCGACUCUGACAGCGAUGAUGAGGACGAAGAAAGCGCCGACGAGCCAGCCAAGGAGCCCACUCCUCCUCCCAGCAACAAGCGCCGUCGUGGUGGUGCCAAAGCCCCUGCCUCGCCUGUUGGCACUAAGAAGGCUUCUCCUGUGAAGAAGGCCGCACAGCCAGUACAGCCAGCACAGCCUACCCCUACMCCCGCCAAGAAGGACGCCCCAUCACGCAAGUCUUUGGGCGCUUCUAGCGAGGGCAAGCGCACCAAGAAGAAGCGCAAGAGCGAAGUCGGUGCGGACGAGUAA